AUGUAUGUUAAUUUAAGCAGAAAUAUUAAAAGAAUAUGGAAUGUAAAGAAUAUUUAUAUGAAAAAAGAAAACAUUUUAGUAAACAAAUUACUAUAUUCAGCCAAUUUUGAAAAUUCAUUAAAUACGGAAAGUUGUGCAUUCAAUGAUAAUUUUUGUUUUUUGAAUCAGUCUUUCAUAAAUUUUUCUUUUCAAAAGGAUAAUAAAAUCAUUUAUGAAAUGAGAAGAGACAGGGGAGGAACUGUAAGGAAGAAGUUAAGUAGAGAAAAAAAGAAAACGCAAAAAAAACAGAAAAAAGAUAGUAUAGAUAUUCAUAAAUAA